GUUUAAUUUGGGCAUGAGAUGCAGGAUGAGAUGGUGGGGACUGGCCGACUGGGGGAGGACGGGGAAUUCGAGACUCCCCGAUUCUUUUAGCCACCGCCUGUUCGCUAGCAGGGCAGGAUCUUUCUGAAACCCUCUUCCUCACGCUGACAAGCAGGGCCCACCGGCCAACCACUAUUGCACACACUACACACAAGACCUUGCCCUUUUUUUUGCUAAAAGUUUAGAGAAACUUUGGAAUCCAAAGGUGCCAUUUUUUUCGAGGAUACACACAAGAACUAGGUGCCACCUAGACUACAACUUUCAACAUGUCCUUGAUUGAACUUGUCAAAAGCGACACUCGUAUCGCAUGCAAUGCAAGUACUCACAUGAUGCAAGUCUAGACUCUGCACUAAUGAUCCAUAGAGAGUGAAAAAAAAGGGAAUUGUUUAUAGUGGCUUGGCAUCUACGUAGUGCCCGGAUUGGACUAUUGGAGCACCGCUGGCCUCGCGAAAUGCUCAUCAUGACGCCUCCCCUUUUCGGCAGUGGCUUCCGAAUCAUACGAGGGCCACGAUUUUUCUACUCCAAAACUCGUCAGAAUAAUUUAGGGCCAAAGGUUAACUAUUAGGUAUCUGGAAUGGAUCGAGUUCGACCAAGAGCAGCAGUGUCAGUGUGCGGCUUGCUCCGUCUUCCGCAGUGUCGCUGUGCUUAGUUGCUGGCUUGCUGCUCGCUCUCUUGCCUGCAAGCUGUGAGCUCGUGGCCAUGUCUCUUCCUCCCCCUCUGAUGGCGAUGCUCCUGCUCGCCGUGGCGACGGCGCCCCGCGUUCUUGCCGCCGGGGACGACGGUGGCAUCGCCGCCCACCCGGCGUACGCCGACGCCGCCGGGACAUGCGGCCCUGCCUCUGCCGCGCCGGCAGCGGCGGAGGCGCGGCGGCUGGAGGAGUACGACGACGGGCGCAUCGUGGACAUCACGCACGCGUACCGGCCGGAGCUGCCGGCGGUCGGGCCGGACGGGCUGGGCCCCGUGGUGUUCCAGACCAUGUCCAUGGCCAACGGGUCCAUCUGCAACCUGUCGGAGCUCCGCAUGGUGGUGCACGCCGGCACCCACAUCGACACGCCGGGGCACAUGAUCCAGGAGCACUUCGAGGCCGGCCUCGACGCCGACAAGCUCGACCUCGCUGUCCUCAACGGACCUGCAUUACUGGUUGAUGUUCCGAGGAACACAAAUAUAACAGCUGAAGCAAUGGAAUUCCUAAAGAUCCCAAAAGGAGUUCGCCGAGUUCUAUUCAGGACACUGAACACUGACAGGAAGCUGAUGUGGAAGAAGGAAGGUGACCUUAGUUAUGUUGGAUUUACAGAGGAUGGUGCGCAGUGGUUGGUUGACAACACUGACAUCAAGCUAGUUGGGGUUGACUAUCUCUCAGUUGCAGCAUUUGAUCACUUGAUCUCUGCCCAUGUCGUCUUUUUCAAAAACCCGGACAUAAUCCCAGUGGAAGGUCUGAAACUAGACGAUGUCCCGGUGGGAGUAUACAAUCUCCACUGCUUACCUCUGAGGCUGGUUGGAGCCGAGGGUUCGCCAGUCAGAUGCAUCCUUAUCAAGUGAUCGCUCCCUGGUGUUGCUGAAGGACAAACUGUAUGAAGCCACCUGAGAUGCUUCAUCCUGGCUUGGUAUCUCGGUGCAUACUGAGCCUGCAGGCCACGUAGUCAUGUAGUUGUCUGGACAUUUCCCAAAAAAGAACAAUAAAUAAAGCAACAGCAAUAUUUCCAUCGUGAUAAUGUGAAAGUAGGCCAUAGGUCGGUGGUGCAGUAACAGUUGGCUCGAAUGUUUCCACAUUUUUUGUCAACAUGUAAUUUUGAACCGACCGAACGACGGACAUACUCCCGUUUGAGCUUACGCGGCCGGCUACUUAACUGA